UUUUGAAACCGGACUGAUGAGGUCUGAAUUCACAAGCCAGGACGCUCCAAAAUCAAAAUAGCAAGCUAGAUAUUUAUCCGUUGCUCUGACCAUGGCUAGGCUUUUUAUUUAAGAAAUAUUGUAAUAUAUUAUUUUUGUAAUAUACAAUGUAUUUAGUGAUAAAAAACCUGCAAUACCAGUCUUACGUUACCUAGCUAGCAUGUUACUAGCAUGUUAUGUUUUGGUCUCGAGCUUGCUAGCUGCAUUACAUUACAUAGAAUAACAGAUACAGGACUAGUUAAAGUUAAUGACCAGACACGCUAGUUGGUUAUUAUUGUUAUUCAGUCAUUAAUAAUAAAACUUUAAUAAUAAAUGUUUUAUCUAGGCAGCAUUUAUAUGAGACAUGGAUCGUCACGCUAGAGGCAGCAGUCAGCGUCAGUCUAAAAGAGACAGAGACUUUAAUGAGCCCUACAGCCCCAAACGCUUUCGAGCCGGUGAUGAGGCCCCGGUCCCCCGCUCCCUGAGUACCCGAGCACAGCUAUAUGAACGCGUCUUCCCUGAGUACAAACAGCCUGUGGAAAUCGGGGUCUUUUCUCUGGACUCAGAAAGAGCCUUCUUUAACGACUCCAGGCAGCUGCGCUACUACGUGGACCCGGGUAAAAAACCCAACUUCAACCUGCGGGAUGGUUACAGAGACCGCUUCGUUAAAAGAGAUGACGGGGUCAAAGAGAAACUUGACCAUGUACUGCGGUGGAUUGUCACAAACCGAGCCAAACUGUGCUCCACAUCCUCUUCUUCAACCUCCUGCACACUAGGUGUAGACUUUGUCACUUGGCGAGGCCACCUAACCAAGCUGUUGGUCACUCCGUAUGAGACGCAGGAGGGAUGGCUGCUGGCUGUGUCCAAGUUCAGAGGGACUCUUUACAUGAGCGAAGUGGAGACAGAGGCUGCCCGAGUUAACCGAGAGAACCGUACAGAGAGGCAUGAGGAGAUGAUGUACUGGGGCUACAAGUUUGAGCAGUACAUCUGUGCAGAUGAUGUGAAUGGUGUCCCAGACCGAGGAGGGGUUGUCAACACAAACGAGGCUUUCUGCACAGUAGUCCAGACUCGCCUAGCAGACCAUAAGCUGCUCUUCUCCGGCGAAGUGGAUUGCCGAGAAAAAGACCCCAGAGCUCCUCCAGCUCCGGCCUGCUACGUCGAACUAAAGACCUCAGCAGAAAUCUGCACCCCGAAGCAGCGCAGUAACUUUCACAGAUAUAAGCUGCUGAAGUGGUGGGCGCAGUCGUUUCUUCCAGGAGUUCCACGUAUAGUUGCUGGAUUCCGAGACCAUGAUGGUGUAGUGGUGUCUGUAGAGACCAUCCACGUCUUAAAAAUAUCUCAACUAAUUAAGAAAGAGCACAACUGCUGGAAGCCGACAGUCUGCAUGAACUUCUGUAGCGAUUUCCUAUCCUUUGUGAAAUCUGUUGUAAAAGAGGAUAAUCCAAGGUUGGUCUACCUGUUUGCAUGGGAGCCACAUCGAGACGUGACCUACACAAUUCACAGAGAUUCCCAGUAUACGUUCCUUCCAGACUGGUAUCUCAAGGAAAUGGCAAGCCAUCAUCACCACCAUGUCUCAAACCCUAACCUUUAAGACUGUAGUCAAUCAAAAAGGAUUACUUUCUUGUCUGAAAACGUCAUUUUUAAUUUUGUACAUAGAUCUAAAAAUGCAAACAUACACUAUAUGCCCAAAAGUAUGUGGACAGCUGACCUUCACACCCACAUGUCCUUAAUCCAAAUUCAUGAGCUAUAAACAUGGAGUGGAUCCCCCCUGCGCUUUUAUAAUAGCCUUCACUCUUCUGGGAAUGCUUUCCACUACAUUUUGGAGCACGAUUGUGGGGAUUUGUGUUUUAUUCAGCCACCAAGUCAGAGGUGUGGUCAGACAUUGAUGUCAAGUGCGGAAGUGUGGAGUGCAGUCAGUGUUCCAGUUCAUCCCAAAGGUGUUCAUUGGGGUUGAGGAUGAAGACUCUUCCACUCCAACCUCUGCAUACUAUGUCUUAAUGGACCUUGCUUUGUGCACAGGGGUAUUGUCAUGCUGGAAAAGGUAUGCAACCUUUAUCUCCAGUGAAGGGAAAUCUUAAUUCUUUUUUUGACAAGUGUGUUUUUUUUACCGUUUGGGAAAGAACCUCAUAUCGGUGUGAUGGCCAUAUAGUGUACCUGUAACCUUCCUGCUUCCACACAGUACCAUGCAAUAUAGAUUCAUAAGGUAACCCUUCGUUCAUGUUGACGAAUGAUGAUAUCAAUACACUCCCAAACUUUAAUGGGUGUACAAAAAUAAGGUGUCUGUUGUGCACAAGCCUAUUUUUAUUCCCGUGUUGGGGUCUGACUCGUUUGGCUUUGCUACCAGAAAAUGUUAAUCACUCUAUGCUAUACUUUUAAAAUGUGUGAUAUUGUAUUCAUUGUUUGAGAUUUCUUAUAAGCUGUCAAAUAAAAAAAACAGACGAAAACAAAGCAAUAAACGAACACUUUCAGUGGCUGGAAAACUUUCAGCAGUCCUCCAGGUCAUUUAAAAAUCGCCUGACUCGGCAUAUCUGGAAUAGGGUCACAGAAUUAAUUAUUUGGGUUUCGGCAGUUUCACUUCUCCAAGCAUCACUGGCACUUUUUCACAUUGAAAAAGAUUCAGAUUUAUGUGUGUUAACCCAAAGUAAAUACACAUUUCAAGAGGUUUUUCCCCUCUCACAUUUCUUUUUUAAUACCAUCGAGUUCCAUAUCCAGUUUCAUCAUGCCCAGAUUUAAAUUAGCAAUAUUAGUGCACGAAUAUAGGAAAUUAUUACACAACUAUUAAAUUUUUUAUAAGUGUAAACUAGUUUACAUUGUUCCAACUCCAGCAGACCAGACACAGUGUUAACAAACAGACUGUUAUAAUCAGACAAUUCUGUCAAUAAGAACAAACAAGUGGUCAAUAAACAGUGUGAUUUCAGCUGAAUUAUAUACCAGACAUCAUUUAAUUGUCUAGACAUGUUUAUAUUAAUUUCUUAAUGAUAAAAAAAAAAAAUCAUUGUAUAAGUUAGAUGUAUAUAAAUAAUCAAAGCUACAGCAUCAGAGGUAGUUAUUAUUCUGUUACACUGACCACUGCAAUUCACAAAGUACACUUCCACCGAUACUGUACUAAAUAAACCGAAUAGAAUUCACCUUAAGGAUUACUUUAGUUGAAGAUUUGCAUACAAUUUUAGCAAACUUUUUUUUUUUAACCUAAUUAAUGUGCUGAUGGACAAAAACAAAAAAAGGCGUAGCUGAACGUAUGGGGUUUUUUUUUUUGUUCUCUUGCCCACAAAAAAUAAUAAAAAUAAAAAGCACUAAUGGUUUUAAAUGUUUAAGCUCAUGUAAACGCCUAAAAUUCAUCAAAUCAGUGCAGUUAAUAACAAAUGUCCAUCUCGCAGGAUGGAGAUGUAAGUUCUCACAUUUGAGAGAGAACUGAAUGAUACAGACACAUGAAUCAGUAACUGACUCAUUUUGCUUUCCACAUAAAGCUAGCAAAACUGUGGUGGUGUUCUUUUUGUUUGUUUGUUUUAAAAACAAUAGUUGUAAACAAAAAAAAAUACAAAGCUGACCGUUUAAAGACGACUAAAUAAAAUGAGUAAGACAUUAACUGCAAGACUGGAAUUUCCCAAAUUUCCCCCAUUCUUGCAUAUGGGCUCAGCAUUUCCAGUGAAAAUUCCAAAACACGUUGUUUUAUGCCUUGUGCAAAAACUGCACACAGCAUUGUGGAGAAAAAUAAUAGCAUGUGUCCUGAUGUGGACGUACGAUUUAAUGUACGGUUAUGAGGCGGUGGGGCAAAAACUAGUUAUGCUGAGGAAAAAG